AUGACACCAAAAUGGCAAGUCACACGUCUCCUCCACGGAGUCCGAGCCAUAGUUGGCGGUCAAGGUCCCCCUUUGAUUCUCAUUCCAGGCUGGCCACAAACAGCAGAGGCGUUUAGCGAUAUCUUCGAGCCCCUUUCAAAACAUUAUCAGUUUUUCGCGCUCGACCCCCCGGGCUUGGGUGAUUCACUUCCUCCCCUCAAUGGCUAUGAUACUGCGAACGUGAGCAAAGUCAUGGCCGAAGCUAUUCACGAUAUCUUGAAAGAAAGACCGUACCAUCUAGUUGGCCAUGAUGUGGGUGGAUGGAUUGCUUAUCCUUGGGCCGCUCAAUUUCAAUCGAGAAUCAAAUCGCUCAGUAUCCUGGACGCGUCAGUGCCGGGUUUCAUGCCCCAGCUUCGGUUUCCGUUGCCUCAUCAGACCAACAUGCGUCUUUGGCAAUUCUCAUUCAACGCGCUUCCUGAAUUACCUGAAAUUCUGACUCGCGGUCGUGAGCGGGAGCUACUGACCUGGUUCUUUAAUUUGAAGACGGUUCAUGCAGAUGGUUUACCCGAAGAUCAUUUUGAACGCUAUAUCCAAGCCUAUUCAAGACCAGGAGCGAUGAGUCGGGGGUUCGAGUAUUAUCGAGCUUUUGGAACAAGUGCGAAACAGAAUCUGGAAUAUGCAAAGACACCACUCGAUAUCCCUGUCUUAGCUUUAGGUGGGGCCAGCUCCGUCGGUUCGGAUAUGAUUCAUUUGGUCCAGAACUUCGCGACCAAAGUUUCCGGGGGCGCUAUUCAUGAUUGUGGGCACUUUCUCCCCGAAGAGCAACCAUCUGCUAUCGCGCACAGACUGCUGGAGUUUUUGGAGGCAACCCAAACAGAGUGA